AUGACAAAAGGUAAAGGCACCGUGCUCAUAACAGGUGCCAAUAGUUCUCUCGCCAUCCCUUCCAUUCAGCACCUCCUAACAAAUUAUCCCACCCACAACGUUCUCCUCACCGUGCGCAACACCAACACUUCUGACGCGAACACUCAACAACUACUUAAAGUCCUGUCCCCUUUCCCUUCAUCUAGAUACUCCCUACGUCCACUAGAUCUCAGCUCUCUCUCCGCCGUUCAAACCUUCGCUGCUGAAACCAAGACAGAGAUAAUCGCCGGCACCCUAGAGCCGCUCGUAGCAAUCAUCUGUAAUGCUUUCAAAUGGAGCAUAACCUCAGGAUUAAAAAUCACCUCCGAUGGCUACGAAAGUUCCAUGGCCGUCAACCAUCUCGCGCAUCUUUCGCUCAGCUUGAGACUCCUGGAUUCUUUUGCACCAGAAGGUGGGAGAAUCGUAAUCCUAGGAAGCGAUGCCCAUUAUCCGGGUAAAAGCGGCUUGGAAAAAUACCCUCCGCUUCUUCCGGAGAAUCUCGAGCUACUAGUGAAGCCUGAGCCGGAUAAGGUGAGCGAAGAGGUGGGGAGAGGGUUUCAGAGAUAUGGUCUUUCUAAGGCGGUGGCUAUUAUGGGAAUGUAUCAGUUGAAUACGAGGUUGCAGAAGUCUACCUCCCCCCACCUCCGCAACAUCACGGCCCUAGCUCUCGAUCCCGGCGGCCUCCCCGAUUCCCGCUGCAUGAACUCUAGCGCCAAUAUCCCCGCCGCCUGGACCUUCCUCAUGAAACGCAUCCUGCAACCCCUAUUUCUCGGUCCUCUAGCUCCGCUUUUUACUUAUUUCUUUCCGUCGCUAGCAUUGCGUUCAACGCGUGAUGCGGCGGUAGAUGUUGUUGUGAUGGCGGUUGGAGAUUUGAGUCGUGGGGAUGGAGAUAGGGAAAGGGAAGGAGGUGGGGAAGGAGAAGGUGGUGGAUAUGGAUAUGGUGGGUAUUAUGGCAAUGCCACGCGUGUGAAGUUGGGGAAAGAACAGAGUUCGCCGGAGACGAGGGAUGAGAGGAUACAGGUGGAGGUUUGGAGGGCGAGUUUAAGGUGGGUGGGGAUGGAGAGGGGGAAUACGGUGCUUGAGGGGGUUUUUGAUUAG